GAGAUGGACCCUGUGUUCAAUUACACAAGUGGCAGAUGGCUGUGGAAUGAAGAGGCACAGUUAGCAGCCCGCUCCAUAUCAUUCAAUGUCGAGGCGUUGAAGCAGACGGCUUGUCGCGCGCUGCAUGCAGAAUCUUGCACCUCACUGGAAAAGAUUGGGGAAGGUGGUUUCAACAAAGCUUUGCGACUGAAAAUGGAUGACGGCCGCACUAUCAUCGCCAAAGUACCCCAUCCAAAUGCCGGACCGGCAAAAUUAACAACAUCAUCAGAGGCCGCAACCAUGGAGUAUGCGAGAUCUGUUCUGAAUCUGCCCGUUCCGAAAGUCUUGGGUUGGAGCGAUACAAAGGACAAUGUAGUCGAGUCCGAGUAUAUUCUCAUGGAAGAGGCAAAGGGCUCACAAUUAAGCUCAGUUUGGCAUGGCCUCCCACUCGAGCAAAAAGUUCAUGUCGUUCGGGGGAUUGUUGAUGUCCAAGCACAGAUGAUGAGCACGCCCUUUGACAUGAUUGGGUCGCUGUACUUUGGCGAUCCUGGCAUCUCUGGGUGCAAACCUAUCAUGAAUGACAGGAACAUCGAGAGCGCUCACCGCUUUAGCAUCGGACCAAUUACGAGAAGGGAAUUUUGGCAGGAUGAACGAGCCUCAAUGGGCCAUCAAGGGCCGUGGACGUCGUCGACAGACUAUCUCCAAUCUAUUGCUGAUAGGGAAAUCGAAUGGCUGAGAAAGUUUUCCCACCGUCAUCCACAGUCACGUCAACCAUGGCAGCACGCAGGUCCUCUGCAGGAUUCUGCGGAUGCUCAUAUCGCUUCGCUCAACAAGUUCAAGGCCGUUAUCCCAGACAUUGUCCCUCGAGACGAAGACUUGACGAGGCCGCGAUUUUGGCACCCUGACUUUCAUACUGGCAACAUAUAUGUCGACGAAGAGGCCAACAUCACCGCCAUCAUUGACUGGCAGGGAGCGUGGAUCAUUCCACCUUUCAUUGGAAUCAAUCCACCAUCUAUGCUUGACUACGGGGUCGACAUAAUGAUGAAACUGCCCCAAAACUUCAAAAGUCUCGACGAGGCCGACAAAGAAAAACUUCGAUACCAAGUAUCGCAGUCCAUCUUAAUCACUGCGUACGAGGCCGAGACAGCAAGCAUUAACCCACCUUUGAUCAAAAUGAUGCAAACAGCGCAUGGGCAGACACUGAAGCAGUUGGAAGCGUUCGCCAAUGCAACCUGGGACAACACUCUUUACCCCUUCAACGAGACCCUGUUACGUGUUCAAAACGAAUGGUCACAUUUUGGCCUCGAUAGAAAUUGUCCUUAUAAAUUUUCCGCAAGCGAAAUGCAACAGCACCAGGACGAGGCCGAGAACUUCAACGAUAGCCAACGUCUGUGGCAUAAUCUCCGUGGCAUUUUAUCUGAGGACGGCUACACUACGAAUGAUGAAUACCCGCAGGCGGUCAAAGUUCUCAAAGAGCUUCAAAAUAUUGCCGAGCGAUAUCCAAAGUAGGACUACGCAGCGACAGUCGUCCGGCAAGGUUGGACCGGCAUGCAACUACAGUAGAUAGAACACGUUCACCGCGACUUGAUGUGGCCAAUUCUAUAGCGUUAUCGCUCGCAAUGCUUGUUUGAUUUCAUUUGGUGAUUGAGGAGGUCAAAAUUGUCUUGGUGUUAGUCAAUGUUCAGUCUGGAUCGCGUGGUGUAAUAAUGUUUGCAGCUUCUUGCUGGCACAUGACAAUGAAGUUGAGAGAUUCGCC